UUCCAAUUAACAACAACACAUUUCAGUGCUAAAUCCACAAAAAAGAAGCACUCGCAGUCCCCGCCGGCCGUCGGUCGCCACCAUAUAUGGAGACCAAACAGCACCACGCCGUUCUGUUCCCAUUCAUGGCGAAAGGCCACAUCAUCCCACUCCUCCACUUCGCCCACCUCCUCCUCCGCCGCCGCAUCCACGUCACCAUCGUCACCACCCCAGCCACCCGCUCCUUCGUCGCCGACCACCUCGCUGGCCACCCUUCCUCCGACGUCGUCACCAUCCCUUUCCCGCAGCUGGGAAUCCUCCCUCCCGGCGUCGAGAGCUCCGACAAGCUCCCUUCCAUGUCCCUCUUCCCUCGAUUCGCCAUGUCCACCAAGCUCAUGCAGCCGGACUUCGAGCGCGCCCUCGGAACCCUACACGGUACCCGACCCGUUGACUUCUUGGUAUCCGACGGCUUCCUCGGUUGGACGUUGGAGUCCGCCAACAAGUUUGGGAUCCCUAGGUUGGUGUUCUACGGGAUGAGCUGCUACGCUUCGUGCAUUUGUAAGGCCCUUGGAUUCAGGUAGAGUAAGAUAUUAACACUGUUAAUAAUAAUUCAUAUUAGCAAUCAACUUGCAUGGGUCCAAAAAGUUACUGAUAGUUACUUGAUUGGUUAUAAUCACGCUUUUUUAGUUACUAUUAACACAGUUGAUGUAUGUAUUUUUUUGAAAUUGAAUUGAUAAUUGAAUAAUUUUGUAUUAAAUGUAUUCAUUUUUAAGUUAUAAAUUUCUAAUAUAUUAUGAUAGAUAUCAAACUUUUAAACGUGUGUUAAUCCAUAAUAUUAAAAGCAUAAUGUAUUCCUGCCAUAUUUUACGGGUCCAGAUCAGGUCAGUAACUGAUGGGUGAGUAACCCAUCAGUAACCCCUUCCAUGGUCCCCACGUGUCAGUCACUUUUUUAUUUAAAUUAAAUGUGAAAAGGGCAGUACAGUAAAAUUGCAUUUUCUCCUAUUUAUUGCUGAGGCUGACUUUUGAGCGUACCACAUCAGCGCCUCCUUCUCUCUCCUUGCAAAAUAUUUAAUUUUCCUUCCCUUAAUCUUUAACGGACGAUUUCUCACUCGUUUUAAGUCGAAAUUUAAUUUUUUUUGCACAGUUAGAUCAUUGUGCUCUUUAAAAUGAUAUCCACUUUGAUAUUUUUUGGACACAAAAAAAUUUGUCAGUUAUUACCAGUUAUACCAUAUGGUAUUUGACUGUACCAUAUGGUAUUGAUUGGUAUUAAAUAAGAGCAUACCAU